GCCGACAGCUCUCUCCUUAUCCAAUAAGAUUGUAAACACACAGUCCAUUCUCUUACAUCGAUCACAACCACACGCCUUCUUUCUAUCUGUAUCGGACCCACAAGUUAAUACAUCCAACGGCUAUAAGCUUCAGCUUCCUCACGAACACUCCAUUCUUCUUCUAGGCUGUCAUGUCCAGAAACCCAAAAGUUACUUAUCACCUCAGUUGAUCCGUCACUGUUCAAGUCUAAACUUGUUUUCACUUUGGCUUCAGUGUCUGCCUGCCAAUAGCAAGAUCUCAACUAGCAGAUCCAAAUCACUAAAACCCACACACACUGACACUUCUCUCUCUCUCUCUCUCUCUCUCUCUCUCUCUCUCUAGUCUCUACUACUGAAGUAAUGUCAGUUUUAUCUGUUACAUGUCAUGUGUUGCUCUUUCUGAGCUUUAUUGUUGAAGGCUCAGUUCAUGAGUACAGAGGAGAAAGAUUUGUGGCUAAAGGUAAUGCCUUUGUUGUUCAUGGAGGCAGUGAAGGGAUUUACUCUUCUAAACCUGGAAAUUUCAAUGAGACUGAGAGCAGUGCCAUCCCUGCUAAUGGUGACUCUUAUAUACGUUUUGAAAAGAUUGUGUUCCGGAGAACUGAGGAAUUUUCUAACUUUACCUCGGGGUUAGUCCAAGCCAUUGUUUUUGAGGUAGAAGAUAGAGAGACGAUUGGGGGUUCAGCCUAUGGAGGUCAAAGAGCUAUCUGCUGCAGGGCAGAUCUCGCUAAAUUGGGUGCGUGCACAGAAGGAGAAGUCAUUCACCGCCCAUCAACAAAGGAUCCUAGCUGGCCCCAUGUCUUUGGUGUUUCAUUCAAUGCAUAUGAGCUAGUUGCAACAUUACCUUCUAGAUCAAUACAGGUCACUAAAACUGGGAUGUAUAAUUUGUAUUUCAUGCACUGUGAUCCCAAUCUUAAAGGUGUAGUUGUAGAAGGAAAAACUAUAUGGAAAAAUCCUACUGGCUAUUUACCUGGUAGAAUGGCUCCACUAAUGAAUUUCUAUGGGUUCAUGUCCCUUGCUUUUGUUAUACUUGGAGUAUUUUGGUUCUAUCAGUAUGCAAGAUAUUGGAGAGAAGUUUUUCCACUGCUGAAUUGUAUAACACUGGUGAUAACACUAGGCAUGUUUGAGAUGGCUCUCUGGUAUUUUGAUUAUGCUGAAUUCAAUGAAACUGGAGUUAGGCCGACUGGCAUCACUAUCUGGGCAGUCACUUUUGGUACAGUUAAACGCACAGUUGCACGUCUCAUAAUUCUCAUGGUAUCAAUGGGUUAUGGUGUUGUGAGAUCUACCCUAGGUGGCCUUACCUCAAAGGUGAUCAUGCUUGGAGCGACCUUUUUUCUGGCCUCUGAAGUGCUUGAAUUGGUAGAGAAUGCGGGUGCUGUCAGUGAUCUUUCAGGGAAGGCAAGACUUUUUUUGGUUCUUCCUGUGGCUCUCUUGGAUGCUUUUUUCAUUAUUUGGAUAUUCAAGUCCCUUUCUGCCACUUUAAAUAAGCUUCAGGCUAGGCGGAUGAUGGUCAAGCUGGAUAUAUACCGGAAAUUCACAAAUGCUUUGGCAGUAUCAGUUAUUGUCUCAGUGGGUUGGAUUUGCUAUGAGUUGUAUUUCAAGUCGAAUGAUGUUUACAAUGAGCACUGGCAGAAUGCUUGGGUCAUCCCAGCUUUCUGGCAAGUCCUCUCCUUUUCUCUUCUAUGUAUCAUUUGUGCUCUUUGGGCUCCCUCUCAAAACUCAAUGCGGUAUGCAUACUCUGAUGAUGUGGGCGAAGAGUUUGAAAGAGAUGACAGUUCUUUGACACUCAUAAAACCAUCUUCAAUGCCUUCGAAGGAUGUUCGAAGUGCACCAGCAGCUAGACCAGUGCACACAAACAACGUCGCAUCCAACGGUGAUGUUGAAGAAGACAAGACAGAGUAAAUUAUAUCCCAAAAAAUGUAAUUUUGAGGUAGCCUUAAUCGUAUGAUUUAUGGCCUUGUUAUUGUUGUAGCAAUACUCCUCAUGCUCCUUGAAAUCUAAAUUGAGAACUUUUUAGGAGAAAAAUUUUAUGACGAGAAAGUUCACUUUGAGAUUGCAAUAGGAGAGAGCUCCUUUUCAGUUCUUAUUCAUUUAUAUAUCAUGAUCUUUCCUUGUAAUUGUUAAAUUAAUUAUCAAUUGUUGGUCCCAAA